GUAUAGUUUGCACUGUUGCUUGACAGGGAUGGUGGGGGUUGCGUCCGUAGCCAUUUUGGCUCAAGCCAUUUUUGCUCAAGUGUGGUUGACACGCAGCCAUAUCGCGCCACCAGUUUAGUGUUGUCUCGCCAGCCGAGCUUUCGCCAUGUUCGGUCUGUGUAAGUCCACGCCGAAAUCCCAGGCAACGGAAGUCGUGGGAGCGGCGAGGGCCGACGUUGUUGGGGCGGCGGGAGCCGACGUCACUCGGGAAGAUGUGAUCGCAGUGCAGAACGCAUGGGCGGGCGCGAUCAAAAACAUUUCGAAGAUUUACAAGGAGAACGGCGACUACGUCCAGGCCGCUGCUACCGCAGCUGGUGAGCUCUACGCCUACGGCAAGUACGACGUGCUUUUCAAGCCGACUAAGGCUGCUCAGCACCAGUUCCGGCCCAAGGCCGAGGAGGCCAUGUCCUACUUCGUCGGCUGCAAGGCUGUCGAUAAUGGGUACGCUGAGGACGGCGGUUUUGCGAUCAAUGGUGGCAAGGGCUGGUCAGAUUGCGUGUACGACAACCACCAGAUCGAUCUCAAUGGUCAUGUCGCCAUCGCCAUGGGCAACUACUAUUUCACCUGCGCAACAACUGGAGAGAAGGAAGAUGUGAUCGCUGUGCAGAACGCAUGGGCGGGCGCGAUCAAAAACAUUUCGAAGAUUUACAAGGAGAACGGCGACUACGUCCAGGCCGCUGCUACCGCAGCUGGUGAGCUCUACGCCUACGGCAAGUACGACGUGCUUUUCAAGCCGACCAAGGCUGCCCAGCACCAGUUCCGGCCCAAGGCCGAGGAGGCCAUGUCCUACUUCGUCGGCUGCAAGGCUGUCGAUAAUGGGUACGCUGAGGACGGCGGUUUUGCGAUCAAUGGUGGCAAGGGCUGGUCGGAUUGCGUGUACGACAACCACCAAGUUGCAGUCAAAAGUAGUAUUGCCAUUGCCAUGGGCAACUAUUACUUCACCUGCGCAACAACUGGAGAGAAAUCCAAAGUCGAGUACACCUUUGGGUACAAACGCUGCGAGGAUGGUAAGGUUCGCAUCUUCUUGCAUCAUUCGUCCGUGCCGUACAUGGCCGUGCAAGCGAAGGCCCCUGCUGCCGAACUCGAUGUGACAUUAAUCGGUGCGUAAGAGGCCCGUAUGAUUCCUUCCAGCAAGUCUGCAUCCAAGAGGCGUUGAACUUCCACUCAUCUUCGUGUGCAUUAUGGUUUCGCGCUCUCCUCCCCAUUCCCUGGGGCGGUGUUUGCGCCUCAGAAUUUUUCCGCUAGGUCUAUCUCGCUAGCGAUUCUUAAAUCAACCGGGUGUUCGAUGAGCUUUCUCGCCCCCAUCUUUUCCCCAAACAAAUCUUACAUUAUUCCUCUCUCUCUAUAUCCGUAAGGAGUCGCCGUCGCAAAUCGUAUUUUUCCAUCCCGGAGCAGGCGCUGUAUAGCGCGUCCAUCGCCGUCGCACAUGGCACUUUUCCAUCCCGGAGCAAAUGGUUUUUUCCCAUCCCGGAGCAGGCGCUGUAUAGCGCGUCCAUCGCCGUCGCAAAUGGUAUUUUUCCAUCCUGGAGCAGGCGCUGUAUAGCGCCCGCCAUUUGCGGCUCCUCGAGGGCGGGGCGGCGCGGCCCUCCCUGCGGAUGGUGCAGUGCCCUCGUUUGCAUUCCUCUUUUGCCUGCUGCUCAGGUUGUCGAAAGUCGGACGUCGAGAUCCAACGCCGAGAGGCAGGGGUCUGGCUCCGCUGGGCCGUCUGGCCUCUCCUCCCCCCUCCUGGAGCAGGCGCUGCACAGCGCGUUCAUCGCCGUCGCAAGCGGUGUUUUUGUCCAUCCUGGAGCAGGCGCUGUAUAGCGCCAUUUUCGGCUCGAGGGCGGGGCGGCGCGGCCCUCCCUGUGGAAGCGGGGCGGCGCGUGCACGCCCUGGGCCUGCUGCAGGCCACCAGUCGAAUGAGAACUGACGGAGCGCGCUCGCUCGCCCCCUUGUGCUGAUGUCGCUCCUCCAUAUCCUCGCCAAAGCGCUGCGGACUCCACGAGCCGAUAGCUGGCGUGGCGGCUGGACCUGGCGGGUGCCGAUGGUCAGACGGGGUUUGACUUCGCGACGCUUUCGCCGUCAGUUUGAGCAGCCUAGGCGUAAGUCCGCGAUUCGUGAGUUCUAGCGGACCGCCCCUGGGAGUCAAGCUCAGACAUGACUCGCACUUUCGGUGCGCUUGCUCAGGCAGCGCGUCUCGAGUUUGCUCGCGAGGAUUGUCGCAGCGGCAGUGGUUGCGAGCCGUCGUGCGCACCGCCAGCGCUCCCGAGUGCAGCGCGGCGACCGCGUGCGCGCGUCUUGGCUGCGGGCGCUGUUUUGCAAAGCGAGCUGUGUAUGCGUGCACUCCUUCACAUGCUCGCCGCUGAGUUGCAGUAGGUUGGAUCUGCCAGGCGCCGCCCACAGUGCGAGGCGCGUAGCCGCUUGUCUUUCUCUGCGAAUUGAUGCCAACCAGGCUCCGGCGUCGCGCCGAUUCCACGAGGCCGACAGAGGAGAAGUUGCAAGAGAGUCCCCCCAA